CCCCUUCCAGCCCUUCUUCCCCUCCCUGUUGAAGUCUGCCUGCGCACGCACCCACGUUUCUUUCCUUCCUCUUGCGCCGUGUGUGUCUUUCAAUGGAUGGAUUAAGGUACUCAUCUCCCUGAUCAACACCCACGUGUCCAUCAUCUGUAGCAACGCGCCAGGAUCAUUGAGCGACUCGCCUUCAGCCGUGUCGUGUACAUCGCGCUCCAGCAGCCGCCCUCUGACCUGUCGACAGCUCCCGUCUGUCAUCUCCCCCACGCUGAACAAGCCGUCUAUUUCUCCAUCCUGAAUGGAGCCCGGUUGCUGCCGUUCCAACUUCUGUUCAUUCAUCCUCCCAUAGAAAUAGCAGUUCGGUCAUGGUCGGAUCCAUUGCCACCGCCUCGCGCAGGCCGUUGCCCAAUUCUUCUAAGAUGCUUGCUAAAGCGUCCCCCGUUCCCAUAUUGAAAACACCCAAACGAGAAAACACUGUCAUUGGCAUAAAGCGCAGGAUGGAGGACGACGAUCUCUCCCUGUCUCCGUCAUCGUCGCUGACGUCUGAGACCGAAUUUAACCCAAGUCCUCGCAAGCGGGCUAGAGUCAAGUUCGAACCGGAGGUGGAAAUGCGGGAACUUCCAUACUAUGAGAGAGCGCCUGAACGAGAGUCGAAACCAGAAAAGAGUGCCUCGGUUGUACGUGAGGAGGUGCGCAGGGCCAUCCAACGGCAUGUCUCUGGCACUGACAGUGAGGCGUACGAUCGGAUCAAGGAGCUCUUUUCGGUGGACCCUCGGCGCCCGGAUGAGGACCACAUGCUUCUAUCUGAUGUACCUACACCCACGUCUCUGAGAUAUCAUCUGAUGGGUCUUUCGUCGAACGUUGCCACGCUAGAUCGCAGUUGCAACGGGCUGGUCCAAGCCGUGCUGAAUAGUGUGUGGCUCGGUCGCGACGAGCCCUAUAUCAGGCUGUAUAUACGCUUCCUUGGUAAUCUUGCUGCCGCCCAGGGCAUUUAUCUGGGACCAGUGCUCAAGAUGCUGGUUAAUUACAUGGGGGAACUUCCCAAGGACACGGGCAAGGUGCCGGGCUACGUCCCCGUGCCAGCGUCGGAGAUCUACAUGCGGAUCCAUAUGGCCCUGCGCUAUCUCAUGCAAUUGAUCCCUUCUGGCAGUGGAUCGCUAUCCCCUAUCUUGUCCAUGCAAUUUCCUUUCGACACGGAUUCCGCCAAGGCCAAUAUUGCCUACACGAGCAACUUGCUUAAGAUCAGCAGCUAUACGCCGGAGCUGCAGGCCGACAUUCUAGCUUUGAUCACAGAGAAGGUUGUCAAGAUCGAUGUUCAGAUUCAGGUAGAUCUGGAAGAGAUCGAAGACGAAGUAGGCGAGGAUGUUCUGCGCGGCGUCUCGCCUGAGGCUAUCAUGGCCGACGAUGACGAUGACGACGACGAUGAUAACGCUUCCGUCCUGAGCGAUGAGUCUGUAGACGACGACUCCCAGCGUGUCAAGACGGUCAGAGACAACAUUCUCAAACUGGACGGCAUGAUCGAUUUGUUGUUCGAGUACUACGCACCAGCCUUCACAUCGGGUACCUUCCAAGAUAAGGAGAAUGCUCUCGAGCUCUUGCUGAGCCACUUUCAGACCAUCAUUCUUCCUAACCACCGCUCCCGCCAUACUCAAUUCCUUCUCUUCCACUACUCCCAAACAUCUCCGGAACUCGCGGAACGCUUUGCCUCCACGUGCAUUCACACCAUGACCAACAGGAGGCAACCGGCUAUCUUGCGUCAGUCAGCUGUCGCCUAUCUGGCCAGUCUUGUCGCGCGUGGCGCCCAUAUCUCUGGCGAGAUGGCGCGGGAUGUGUUUGAUUUGUUGGGUGCGGAGCUGACCAGCUUCCGUAACGAAUUCGAGGAUACUUGCCGAGGACCUGACCCCCGACGCUACGGUCUAUUCUAUUCGAUCUCACAGGCAUUGCUGUACAUAUUCUGUUUCCGCUGGCGGGACCUGACGACAGCAGCGAUUGAAGGUGACACGCCAGAGCAGGUGGAGGAACUGGAGCCGGAAGACAUCACCUUCCCACCUUCGGUCAAGGAAGUCCUUCGUCAAACCAUUUAUUCGAAGCUUAACCCGCUCAAGGUGUGCUCGCCUGCAAUUGUGACACAGUUUGCCCGGAUGUCUCAACACUUCAACUUGAUGUACGUGUACAGCAUUCUGGAGACAAACAAGCGUGUACGGAUCUCGACGUAUCGCAGUUUGUCUGCGAUGGCGGACCCGCGCUUCCACCAAGUGGAGCGGGAGAUUCGUGCUGGAGACGACAUCGGCUAUCAAGCGGACUCCUAUUUCCCCUUCGAUCCGUACCAAUUACCUCGCAGCCGCCGCUGGUUGGAGGGUGAUUAUGUCGAGUGGCGAGGAAUUCCGGGCUUGGAUAAUGAUGAUGACGACUCGGACGACAGCGAGGCAGACGACGAUGAUGUGUCCGACGACGACUUGAGCGUCGGCACCGAAACUGAUGAUGAUAUGUAAUGGAUGAACCAAAAAAAGUGUUUUCUGGUCCAGGACACAAAAAAAAAAAAAAGCAAAAGCGCUGAUUCUGUGUUUCUUGUGCUUGGCGAGCCCAAUACCCUUUCGCUCUAAGAUUAUGUUUUUCGACCUUCGUCUAUCACUUUUUCUCAUUUCACCUCUUCCGUUCUAGCCAGCUGCUCGAGAUCUGUGUCUUGAUUUGAUUUCACCUACUGCAUGGGAUUUCUUCUGAGUGUCUGCUGUCUGUGAUUGCUCGAUGUCCUCCUCUGCUACGUUAUGGUGGUGAUGAAGGAGAUGUAUCAUGUGGGGACGAUUUUGGUACCUAUCUACGUCUCGGGUCAUUCCAUCUACAUAGCCAAAUGAAUGAGUUAC